AUGAAGCUGAUUCCUUCUAUUUUCAAGAACAAAGAAGCAAAUAAGCAGAAAUGGGAAUGGCCCUCAUGCAAGCAACCAAAAACUCUUUCUUUUCGAGCCGGGGACGACAUCUUCAAGACGGUUAACUCGGUUUUUUACGACCCGUCUAAUGGGGUUGCAACACCAGAGUCUUGGUUCACGAAUUCAUCGGAGUGUGCCAGCUUUUCAACUGAAUCAGAGGAGAAUUCAGGAGGCGAUCAAUCAUUGGAGAAGAUUAUUCGCGGGGCGAGAUCAGAGAGCAGCAGGCUGUUGUUCAAGCCUGCAGGAGACACAAGUUCAAUCUUAGACGAGGUGAAAACGACGAAUAAAGAAGUUUUGCCAUUCAAAGGAAGUGCUGUCCUUGCAAUGGAAUCAGAUGAUCCUUACUUGGAUUUUAAGAAAUCCAUGCAAGAAAUGGUGGACACUCAUGGAUUGAAGGACUGGGAAUGCUUAGAGGAAUUGUUGGAAUGGUAUUUGAGGAUGAAUGGAGAGAUGAAUCAUGGAUUUAUAGUUGGAGCUUUUGUGGAUUUGAUCAUUGGAUUUGCUUCUUCUUCUUCUUCUUCUGAUUCGACUUCGUAUUCUUCUGCCGCUUCUGAUUUUUCUUCUCCUCCUUCUCCUCUGUCUCCAGCACUAGGUCAAAUGGCAAUUCAUGAUGAAGAUGAUACCAUCAAUGUACAAACUUAA